AUGGAGGACGACCUGGAGAGCAGAGUGAACCACUUCUACGGAGUGGUACAGAGGGAAAUUUUGAACUUCUUCACGGAGGAGAAAGACAAUAACGAGUACCUAAGUUACGAACGCAUAAAACUGUUAGUACAAGAUUUGAUGGACUACCUACAUAGUGAUGGUUUCUACAUCUUCACAAAAACGUGUAAAGAAGGGGCCAACAUCAGGUGCCUCCAAGAACCCAAGCUCUUUUCAUUUUCAGUAACCCCACACAAGCUAAGUCGAAAUCUCCUGCGUCUCUGCCAGCAAUGCACAUUGCUUUACUCAGAAUUAUUUGACAAUAUGGUUUGCGACAUGCAUUUUUUAUUAAGCGUCUUUGAAGGGAUAAAGAAGCACGAUGAGUUUUGUGGUAGACUGAUUGAGAUUUGCGAAAGGGUCUAUUUGAGUAAGCAGGGCCCAGGGCGAGACAUAAAAAAGGACAUACGCUGCGUUAUUGGCAGGUCGGACUACAUGCUCGACAGCAGGGGGUGGCAAAGUGAUCCACGCGGUGAAAGCGGCAAAAACGGCAAAGGCGAGCGCGACUGCGAAAUUAAGCAAAUCGAGUACAACACCAUUUCGGUGGCCUUUGGAAACCUAUCCUCUGUGCUGUUCGAGGCGCACAAAAACAUGCUCAAGCAGGUUUACCGGGAGUGCUUCCCCCUCGAGGGGGACAAGCAAGAGCAGCGGGGGGGAGGUGAAGCAGCAGCAGGACAGGAAGAAGAGGAACAGCUGCUACACCGCGUGGGGUCCAUCCUAGAGGGCAAAUUCAAAAAUGAUUUCCUCGAGGGAAUAGUUACAUGCAUGAAAAAGUGCCACCAAGCUUACCUGACCAAAGCAAAACCACUGCAAGGACAAAAUAAAACAGUAAUCAUUUCCAUCCUACACAAUGAGGAUCUAAACAGCUAUGACAAGUACAGGACAAAAUAUGAGUUAAACAAAAUGGGCAUAAGUCAAAAGUGCUUGACCAUAAAGGAGUUACAAAUUCUUUAUGAAAAAAAAAAAAUAUUUUUAAAUUACCCACACGAGACGUUAGAAGAGACAUUAAAAAGGGUGAAGAAGGAAUGUCCAGGUGACCUCCACACGGAGGAGAAAUUUGCUCCGGGAAAACUCCUCCUCGAUUUGAAUACCCAAGAGUAUGACCCAUGUCAGUACCCCCAAUAUAAGAAACACGUCUUAGAAGUUAGCGUUGUGUAUUUUCGUUCUCUGUACUCACCAGAUCAUUUUAAUGAAUCCAUUUGGCAUGUGAGGGAGUUAAUGGAAUUCAGUGAUGCUGUUAAAAUUCCGUCACUGCCUUACCAGCUAGUGGGAUCCAAACGAAUACAAAUGAUCCUACUUGAUGAGACUAUUCUAAAACACUACCUGUCUCUAGAUGUAAACAAAAUGAAAAAAUCAGUUGAGCAACUACAACAUGACGUGAACCUCUUACAGAAGACCUUCGCCCUACAGGUGGACCCCUCGCUCAGCCAAAAUGAACACAUCGUUUCACAUGCCAUUAGGGAGGACCACAAUUAUUUACUUAAACCGCAGAGAGAAGGAGGGAAAAACAAUUUACACGGUAAGGACAUUAAGGAGAAACUCAUGCUUUAUUAUAAACCUGAGGAACGAGAUAAGCUCUCCUUUUAUGUCCUCAUGCAAAGGUUGUUUCCGACUCCAUUCACUGCGGUGCAUUGUAGGACGAGGCUGUGCCCAAGUUGGGAAGGCGCUCAUGAUUCUUCGCUUACACAUAAGGAGGGUGACGUGGGACGAAAUUUCUCCUCUGUUGAAAGCUGGAGCAAAUCCCACGUCGUUCAAUUCUCUCCUGAACAAUCCAUCUCGGAAAUUAGCCUCUUCCACAAUUUUGUGUUUUGUGAAAAUGUGAACCUGUUGAAUGAACAGAAGGGUUACCUGGUGCGGACGAAGAACGCCAAGGAGAACGAGGGCGGUGCCAUUUGCGGCAUCUCCAGCUUGGACUCCUUCUUCUUGGUGUGA